AUGGCGAACAUAUCGCGAUCACAAAAAGGGUGCUUGGUCUGCAAAACCCGCAAGGUCAAAUGUGACGAGACUGCGUCGGGAUGCGUUCGAUGCUACAACCUUGGCUUGCAAUGCCCCGGAUACGACUCCAGACAAGGCCGAUUUAGCUCGAGCCAGGCCAGCAGUAUUGUCAAGGCCAUCUACCACGACGCCGGCCGCGAGCGCCGCUCAAGAGGCGCCUGUGAUCAGUGCCGCCAGGCGAAGAUCAGAUGCAACCAGUUGAGGCCGUGCCAGCGCUGUGAGAAGAGAAAUUUGCAUUGUACCAUCACUAAGAGAGCAGGUAGCAGGACGGCUCAGCACGACCAACAGCUGACGGCACUGAAUCAACAGCCGCAGGAUUCGCAUUCAUCUGGCACACCUUGCUCGUUUCCGGGUACGACAGCGACGGCGGCCCUCUCCAAUGGAGACGCCGACGUGGCUCAUAUGCAACAACUACUUUCGACUGAAGCGAACGCUCAAGCCCCAGAGUCAGAUCAAUGGCUCUUUUCCGACAACAUCCCUGAUCAGCUCCACCUCCUCAGUCCCUUGAUCGACCGCUACUUCGAACGGGUGCAUUCCAUUCGCGGACUGAACUUCAUACAUCGGCCUUCCUUCAUGCGCGCAUUGCAAGAGGGCACACUGCAGACUAAAUAUGGGUCGGCGCUGCUUCAUAUUGUAUGCGCCUUUGGUGCGCUAUAUAUGAGUGACCGCCUUUUGAAGUCCAGACAUGAGAAUAUGCCAGGCUGCUCGUGGGCUUCCAAGGCCCAGUGUCAGGCGUUCCAUGAUCUGGGUUCAGUCAGCGUGCAGAAUCUGAUGGCCCUUGUUCUCCUCUGGGAAUAUCACGUCCGUUACGGGUCGCACAGCUCGAGUCUGAUGAUCGCUGCGUGCUGCUCACGCGCUGCCCAAUUGCUUCGGCUUGACGUUGAUCAUCAGGGCGACGGCCUACAGCAGGGCGGCACUCUUGAGAGAAUUACAACGGAAGAGUCACACCGACGGCUUUUCUGGGCGUGCUGGUUCAUUGACGUCGCUGUCGGGGCUGGCGUGGAUCGCCUUCUUACCAUCUCUAGGAAUAUCCCGGAUGUCCCUCUCCCUCGGUGUGAACAGGACUUCAUUUACCAAAUCUCCACCACGACCGAGAAAGUGGCUCCUAGCGACUUCGUGGAAGGUGAACGAACUGUGGAUCGGUCACAACAGAGCCUCGAGGCGUGGUGCAUACGCAUCAAUUACUUACGAGGUCUGACAUUACGGUGCGUUCGUGAUGGGUAUGCGUCACCCCUACCCUGGGAAACGGGCUCGCCCUUCCGCCAACUGGUACAGCAGCUUCAGAACUGGGCCAAGGAACUGCCGCCACAUCUGCAAUUAUCCGAAGAAAAUGCGUACAUCCACCGAGACCAACGUCAGCUGGCUACGUGGAUUGCUAUGCAUGUCACGUAUCAUGUUGUGCACUGCGACCUCUUUCGGGUGACGAUGCCUAGCUACACUUUUCCAAUAGGCCGUCUCUUGGAACGUGCACCGCCAGAAUUCAUCCGCAUCUACCAGCAAGAAUGCAAAUACCAUGCCGAGAUGAUCUCCCGUGUGUUCCAGUUGGGGCUUAAACAUGGUUCGGAGGCUUUGGACGACACCAUAUGCCGUGUCUGUGCCUAUGAGUCAUGCCGGAUCCAGAUCAUCACCACACGCAUGUCCCAGCAGAGCCGUUCGCCCGAGUGGCUGGCAGAAAUCUGGCAAAACCUUGAGACCAAUCUGGUAGUGUUGGACUUGGCCAUCUUCCACCCCGACCAGAAGCUGAGCUGCUUCCGUUCGUUGAUGAACCUCCUCGGUGACUCGUCGCUGUUCGAACUCCCAGAAAAAUGGGUACCACAGCUGCGACUACUAGACCGCGAUCGCGACUGUGAGCGGGCCUUGCAACCAGACAAUCCGCAGUCUCAAGACCACCUCCACCCUCUAGCGCUCUUCCGAGUGGCCUGGGACGAGAUUACCACGGCGCAAACUCCGCGUGAUAAGAACAACUCUACCGAUCCACCACACAUAGAUUUAUCUGCCUCUCGCUCAUGUUCUUAUUCCGCAGAUCAAAUCCACGGUCCGUCAGGCUCUGAGCAGGCAUCGCAGAUGCCGGCAUCGGCGACCAGCCCAGCCACUCGCGAGGCUAGCUCGAUCUCUGGAGCUGCUGAUGGCCUUAAUGCCCCGACAUGGUCAUUCGAGCCCGACACCAGCGGCAACAGCAGUGAUACCAUGGUUGAUCCGUUUGCGCCGUGGGAGCUGGAUGUGCCUCCGCAGCAAGAGCAUUCAGAUUGGCUGGGAAAGGCUAAUGAGGUGUAUGUCUGA